AUGACACCACCCCCGCCCAAACGCCAAAAGCGCGAUGAAUACCGCAAAGCUACAGCAGAGGCUGCCUCGCAACCCGGCUCCAGCGAUGUCGCGGAGAUCAAGCUGCCCAAGAAAAAGUACUAUCGCCAGCGGGCCCACGCAAAUCCAUUCUCGGACCACCAGCUGAAGUACCCCCUCAGCCCAGCGCAUAUGGACUGGUCAUCGCAUUACCCUACCUUUGUGGAUCCGGACCCCUCGCAUACCAAUCUCGCCGGUGCCCGGAACCUCCUGAAGGAUGUCGAGGUCGUGGAUAUCGGGUGUGGCUUUGGCGGGUUGCUCAUUGGCCUUGCGCCUCUGCUGCCAGAGUCGUUGAUAGUUGGCAUGGAGAUCCGCGUCUCGGUCCUUGAGUACGUGACAACGCGCAUCCAAGCCCUCCGGUCCCAGCAGCAUAAGCUCAGGGCUGCGACUGCGACUGCGACUGCGACUGCACCAACGCCAGAAAAUCCGUCUCAACAGCAAGCCCAACCAGAUGGGAAACCCGCAAAUGCAGGUGCAGAUGCAGCGUCACCCUCCCCCUCCACCGACACAGAGCACACCCCUACAACCCUCGUCCCCGGCAGCUACGAAAACAUCUCCGCAAUCCGCAGCAACACCAUGAAAUUCUUCCCCAAUUUCUUCUCCCGCCACCAACUCUCCAAGAUCUUCAUUUGCUUUCCAGACCCGCACUUCAAGGCCCGCAAGCACAAGGCCCGGAUCAUCUCCGAGACGCUGAACGCGGAGUACGCCUACACUCUGCGGCCCGGUGGACUCCUGUACACCAUUACCGAUGUGGAGGAGUAUCAUCAUUGGAUUCUGAGGCACUUUGGGGUGGAGGCAGGUGGUGAGGAGGGGAAUGGGGAGACAAGCGCGAGUGCGAAUGCUGGGGUUAAGGAACUCUUUGAGCGGGUUUCCGAGGAGGAGCUGGAGAAGGAUGAGUGUGUGCGGGUUAUGAAGGAGGCUACAGAGGAAGGGAAGAAGGUGGCUCGGAAUAAGGGAAAUAAGUAUGUGGCUGUCUUCCGGCGUAAGGCGGAUCCUGAAUGGCCUGCAUGA